UGGAAGUCGAAGAAAAUAAGAGGAAUAGUCAUUUUUGUGGGCGAAGGUCAUUUUUGGGAGCGAUUGAGUAAAGAGAAAAUGGGUGUUUUAGUAUGGGAUGGAAUUCCAGGUGGUGAGAGAUGAAGAGAGGUGGUGUGGAAAAGGGCUACCAUGUCGGUGGGACAGAGAGCAAAGCCCGGUGUGAGAGGAGCAGGCAGCCAAUGGAAGAAGAGGGAUUGAGCCAGCCCUGCGCUUUUCGCGGUCCAGCAGAGGCUGGCAACGGAAAACGCAAGGAAGCGGGCACAGAUGACACCGAAAUGGGGACACAAAUGGGGCUGGAAACGAGCGCCAGAAUGGGGCAGAGAUGAGUCCAGCAGAGCUCUGGGAUAGGCCAAUGGGAAGGCAACGGGAAGGAGGUGAGGGUUGUUGGGAUUGAGUAAUGGGUAAUGAGCAAUUGCAAAAGAGAAACGAGUAAUGAGAGGUGGGAAUUGGAGAAAGUAGUUUGGAGACAGCAGAUUGUAGAUUGAGGAGCUAGUUUAGGAGGGAUGAAUCUUAGGUUUGUGUUUUUGGCAAAUUUGAAAUAAAACGAAAUUUUCAGUAAUAGUGUUAUUUCAAAAUAGUGUUUUAUUUCAAAAUUU